GCAAGGCCCCGCUGGAUCACUGAGUACGUCCAUACUGUCCCUCUGCUUUUUUUUCGACGCGACCGCGAAUUUCCCUCGUUCACCCCCGUCUAACCUCAAUCCACCACAGAAUCAGUCAAGAUGAAGUUCUUGAAGACGUCGCGAGUCUGCCUCGUUACCCGGGGUCGUUAUGCCGGCAAGAAGGUCGUCAUCAUCCAGCCCGUUGACAACGGCUCCAAGACCCACCCCUACGGCCACGCCAUCGUUGCCGGUAUCGAGAGAUACCCCAGCAAGAUCACUCGCCGCAUGAGCAAGACCCGCCAGGAGAAGCGCUCCAAGGUCAAGCCCUUCAUCAAGGUCAUCAACUACAACCACUUGAUGCCCACCCGCUACACCCUCGAGCUUGAGGGUCUCAAGGGCUCCGUCUCCUCCGAGACUUUCAAGGAGGUUUCCCAGCGCGAGGAUGCCAAGAAGACCGUCAAGAAGGUUCUCGAGGAGCGUUACACCUCCGGCAAGAACAGGUGGUUCUUCACCCCUCUCCGUUUCUAAAUUAGUCUUCCACUCUCGGUCUGGGCAGGGCGCAUGGUUUUAGGGGGCUGUAUACAGCAUUCAUCCAGGGAAUAAAACUCAAGGCUUCCUGACUAGUCU